UUAUAGAUACAUACAUACAUGUGUAAUAUUGAAUAUUACAAAGUGGCGAAUUCAAGAGAUAGGAAGAGUCCUAGAUAUGAUGAUGAAGAGGAGGUCAAUAAUAAUGUGUUUGAAAGGAUGUUUGGAGGGAAUAUUAAUAGAGAAGAAGAGAUGUCUGUUAUGGUUUCUGCAUUAACUCAUGUUGUUGCUGGUCAUGAUCAGGAAAAUGUUGCAGAUCAUCACAAUAUUUCUUCAGUUGUUUCUUGGGGUGUUGGAGACAAAAGAAGACGUGAUGAAGAGAAUGAUUCUUCUCAUAUGACAUUAUCAUCAGGUGGUGAAGAUACAAGCAUUAGGACCAUUACAAGCAGCACACCAACAACAGAAGCAACAUUUAUAUACACUAGUUCAACAAACUAUGAUCAUGAUCAUCAAAAUAGCAGCAUUGAUCAAUCUAUUAAUAAUCAACCAAGACGAAGAUACAGAGGAGUUAGACAGAGGCCAUGGGGAAAAUGGGCAGCUGAAAUAAGAGAUCCAUAUAAAGCCGCGCGUGUUUGGCUUGGUACUUUUGACACUGCUGAAGCAGCUGCUAGAGCUUAUGAUGAAGCCGCUCUUAGAUUCAGAGGUAGCAAAGCUAAACUCAACUUCCCCGAAAAUGUUAGACUAUUGCCUUCUUCAAUUCAACAAACUCCAAAUACCCUUAACUCUGUUUCUUCCUCACCCGAGCCAAUAGUUCACACCACUUCUCUCGAUCAUUCCAAUUUUAUCAGACAUUCCUCCAAGAAUGAAGAACCAACUUCUUCUCUCUAUCCUUCCAAUUUUGUUAUUGGACAUUCCUCCAAGGACGACGAGCCUAUAGUUCAUACUUCUUCUCUGUAUCGUUCCAAUUUUAUCGAAAGGAAUGAUCCAAUAGUUGAUCAAAUGGUGCAGCAUGGGGCUUAUUUUCCAUAUUUUCAGGCAGGUACUACUUCUAGUGGAAGUGAUUUUCAUCAAGCUGCACCUUCUAAUUGGUCAAAUUAUGAUAAUCCUUCUUUUUCAUCUGGAUAAUUUUAUUGUACUCCUAGAAGAUUUGACUAGUUAGUACCAUCACUUUCAUCUGAUUUUUUUUUUCCGAAUGUAUUGAUGAACAAUAAUUGUUCACGUAUACUAGGUGCUUUUUAUUUUUUGCUCAUGUUUUGGGAUGAAUUAAAGUGAGGAAGUUGAAAAAUUAAAAAAGUU